AUGCAGCUCGUCAAUCUCCUCGCCGCUGCUACACUCGCCGCAGCCACCACUGAUUUUCAGGUGAAGACGCACAUCUACUACAACACCACGUAUGACACCAAGUCUGGAUACGACUCGCCUCGAACCGGCUCGAUCUGCCUGAGUCCCAGUACUGCCGACCGGCUGGGUAUAAAGUUUCCGACAGACCCGUACAAUUACCACGAAAUAAUCUAUCCCCAUCCCUACGUCGGCGGCUACGCCCCCAUCAAAGGGGACGACUUCAACUCCUGUUUCAACUGCUAUCGAGCGCAGUAUGGCGGGAGGAGUAUCUAUUUCCGGGCGAUGAACACCGCCAAGGACGGCGUGGACUUGGGCAGACUACUCUUUGAGAAGCUCUCUGGUGGCAAUGCUGCUGAAUUGAAACGAAUCGACGCUAUGCUUAGUAUGGUCGACAGCGAGUUCUGCAACUUGGGAGAGCAGCUGUUAAACAAUCGCUUACCUGGCGUUUUACCUAGUAUAACUGAAGGAUACUAG